AUGUCAGCUUGCAAAAGGAAACAAAAUGUCCAAUUGCACCCGAAUUUAGUCAAAAAUGAACAGAUCACAGCGAACGCCACCAUUAAACCGUACAAAGAGGAUAUCCUCCUGCUUUACCACGACUUGGAUGUUGCUCACACGGGGCAACUCAACCCUGUCAUGAUAGACAACCAGCCAGAGAUCAAAUGGAACAUGAGACCAUUCCUAAUCGACUUCCUCGUCGAAUUGCACGUCUUCUUCGACCUAUCACCAGAGACUUUGUACCUUGCUGCCUCGAUUGCGGACAGGUACUGCUCAAAGAGAAUAGUUUACAAAAGACACUACCAGUUACUGAUCGCUACCUCACUGUGGAUAGCUGCCAAGUAUCAGGAUAAAAAAAUAGAGUACCCCAUAUUGAAGGAACUGUACUUGCUAUGCUACCAGAUCUACGACCCUCAAAUGUUCGUCCAAAUGGAGAGACACAUCCUCACCACACUCGACUGGACCGUAGGGCACGUCACCACGGCAACAGAGAUCCUACACCUCUUGUUCGACCAGUGCCCGAAACUGACCCUACUGCCCAAGACGGGCAUCGUCUGCCAGUUCACCAACUUCUUGCUAGACUUCUCCCUAUACCAUAGGGACUACCUCUGCUUCAACCAUUCAACAAGGGCAGUCAGCGCUUUGCUAGUCGCAUCAUGCAUAGUAGGUGACGACACUUUCCCAAACCACUUCAAGAGACUCUUGCAACAGCAGCCAAAGGAACAAAAACAAGACGAAAAAAAAUGCAGUGCACCUCUACUCAAAUAUAUCGCGGGCGAUAGUGAGAACCAUGACUUGGACUUGCACAUCACGAGAGACAAAAUGGCAGAGAUAAGACAGUGCGUCUUCUUGCACUUGCAGGACCUCUUCAUGCCCAGAAUGGCAAGGGCCACCACACAAAGCAACAGCAACAAGUUCAAGAUCUCGCAAGUGUUACUGAAAAAAUAUAAAGCGUGGCCUGUACGCGCCCUUGUGGACAAGUUCACCGCGGCAAACUUCGAACUGUUUGUGCACCUCAAUGGAUUACUAGAAUCGAGGGACGCGCUCAAGAGGGACGGGUUCUUCAUUCAACCGUGGUUGCCAAACUCGAUCGCCAUGUUCAUAGACUACUUCGUCUCCCUCGGCGAAAUCAGGUACGAUUCAGACGUCGUCGCCGCAGGGCAGGCGGAGUACGGCCCAGCGCCAUACCGCGAGGCGAUCGUUCAACACGCAGAGGCAGUCUCAAGGGUCCCCACCCCACUCGAGUUCAUGACCCCAAACACAGCCUGCAGCAGGUUCAGCUCGUCCUCGGCAACACCGCUGCUUCUGAGGUCCACGUCCUCGAUCUCGGACAACUCAAUCUCAAAUGCAUCUUCGAGAUCCUCCUCCAUCUUCUCACAACCAAUCACCCGUGUAGAUUCAAGCCAGUUCAUAGAUACAAUCACCCCGGUGACGGCAACUUUCCCACACGUGAAAAACAGGUCAAACACAUUUACAGCGGGGACGAUAAAACAGUGUCAGCAACCGUCCUCCAUGCUGAGCAUGAAGGGUUCGAGCAACUCAACGAUCCCACCAACACCGACACUACUAAGACACAAGUCUCAGAUGUCCUUCUCCGGGUCCUCAAACUUGUUCUCCAUCAGCCAGUCGCCAAAGUUAUCCGACGAAACGCUGCUUGAGUCGAUGGAUAACUUUAUCAGUGAAGUCACCUCCGCACAGAACGGGAUUCUAAACUUCGAUCAAAUUGCAUUACAGAAAAAGAAGUAG